AUGGACUCGCUGCCCUCGGAGCUCCUGCACGAAAUCCUCUCUCACCUACCGCCGUCCGCCAGGCCCUCGACGCGCCUGACUUCGCGCCUGUUCAAUGCCAUUCUCGCGCCUCGGUCUUUCCCGUCCGUCCCGUCCUUCAUUGAUCCCGAUGUGGCGCUGUCAAAGCUCGAAUCGGGAGCUCGCGAGGCGAGAAGGCGCCAAAAGACAUCCAUCUGGUCCCCUGGCUGCGUCGUGCCCUGCCAUCUGCCCAUUCCGCAAAGUUUCCUGCUCGCUGUCUAUGUUGCGUUUCGUGGCAGACAAUGGCAGCCUUGUGUGGCGAGGAUGCGCGGCACUUGUAGGGAAUGCGGAUCGGAUGGCGAGAUCGGCCUGAGCGAGGGUUGUGUGGGCCGCCGGUUCGAGGAGUUGACGGUUGACAGCGUGGUGCAGAGUCUGCAGAGGGAGGACGUGACGGAGGAGAGCUUGAGAGUGGCCAUGUUUCGAUACGCCCUGUACUUGAGUUACUCGUAUCAAGGGUCCGAGGAGGCCCCGUCCUUGUGGGUGUUUCAUGAGAACGUGUGGGCGAGUAAAAAGUGA